AUCCAGAAUCAUCCAAAACAAGAGUGCCUAAGAAGAAAAUUGCAAAAUUGUUCUUUAGUAAAUUUGAGAAGAAAGAUAAAACAAAUUUUCAGAUUAAUUGUAAAAAUUGUUUUAAAAGGUAUUUUUUUUAUCUAUUUCAAGUAGAAAGGAAAGCUUUAAUUUGUUAGCAAAAACUAUAGAUACAACUAUAGACUUAACUUUGUAAAAGAUAGUGUUUUGAAAAUUGGGUUAUUGUGUGCCGAAGCAGACUCUUUGUCUGAAACAUAAUGUCCUGGCAAGGUGGUGCUUAUUACCAAGAUCCUAACCAACCGUUCUAUGGUGGCGGCGCUUAUCCUCCGCCACAAGGCGGUUAUCCUCCACCACAAGGUGGUUAUCCUCCACCACAAGGUGGUUAUCCACCACCCGGUGGCUAUGCAGCACCGGCUGGAGGUUACCCGCCACCCGGUGGUUAUGCAGCGCCCGCUGGCGGUUAUCCUCCCCCUGGUGGUUAUGGUGCGCCUGAUGGCGGUUACCCUCCUGGCGGGUACGUACCACAACCUGGUUUUAUUCAACCACCUCCGAUGAGUCCCGGUUACGGGGCUUACGAUGAUCCUGAAGCACCGAAAAAUUUCUCCUUUGACGAUCAAACCGUUCGUAAAGGCUUCAUUCGGAAAGUCUAUAUGAUUUUAAUGGGUCAAUUGAUGGUAACUUUCGGAUUUGUGGCUUUAUUUACUUUCCAUCAACCCACUAAAGAUUUUGCCAGGCAUAAUCCGGCUCUAUUUUGGGUGGCUUUGGCUGUUCUCUUAGUAACCAUGAUUGCAAUGGCUUGCUGUGAAGGUGUACGACGUAAAACUCCUAUGAACUUCAUAUUUUUGGGUCUAUUCACUUUGGCUGAAUCAUUUCUUUUGGGCAUGACCGCUGGCAACUACGCUGCAAAUGAGGUUCUUAUGGCAGUCGGAAUAACAGCUGCCGUGUGCUUCGCAUUAACGCUAUUCGCUAUACAAACCAAGUAUGAUUUUACCAUGUGCGGUGGUGUGCUGCUGGCAGUUAUGGUUGUUUUCUUGAUAUUCGGAAUUGUGGCUAUUUUCAUACCCGGAAAAAUAAUGACAAUAGUUUAUGCUUCGUUGGGAGCUGUAAUCUUCUCCAUUUAUUUGAUUUACGAUACCCAAUUGAUGAUGGGAGGGGAGCACAAGUACUCAAUCAGUCCCGAGGAAUAUAUAUUUGCUGCUUUAAAUCUAUACUUGGAUAUUGUCAACAUUUUCAUAUAUAUCUUAACUCUCAUAGGAGCUACCAGGGAUUAAGAAAAGCAAAAAGGAAACGAAAGGUAGUAUAUAUGGUAAGAAGAUGAAAAACCAAAUUUUAAAUUGAUGUUAGUUAAACAGUAAAGUUUAAA